AUGGCUAAUAACUCACAAAGUUUUACUAGAUUUCUCCUUAGUCAAAAUACAGUUGACCUUGAUUCACCAGAACCUUUUUGGUACGGUAGUCAAGGUCAUGAUGAGUCUGGUAGCGAGGUUCCUGUUACGUCUCCUGUGCUGUCUGGUAGCGACGUUCGUGCUAAGUCUGCUGUGAAUUAUAAUCCCUCAUCAGUUUCUGAGAGGAGGAAAUGGUCUCCCACAGUGGAUAAAAUCCUUAUUGGUGCUUGGCUUAACACCAGUAAGGACCCUGUGGUGAGCAACGAGCAGAAAGCCGGUGCUUUCUGGUACCGUAUAGUAGAGUACUACAACGCAAGUCCUCUCCUGUCUGGGACAAUACGGAGAGAACUAAUGUCUUGCAAGCAAAGGUGGUCUAGGAUAAACGGCGACGUAGCCAAGUUUGUUGGCUGCUAUGAUGCGGCUCUGAGGGAGCAGAGAAGUGGGCAAAACGAUGAUGAUGUGAUGAAACGGCGUUAG